CUUGGUGCAUGUUUGUGCGGAGAGAGAAGCUGUACUGCCUCAUUAAACGUGGUGAAAUUAGGUCAGAUUAGAGGGGAAACUGAAAGGAAAUUGAAAGAUAAAAUAGAGUACAAACAGUGCUGAUGAUUACAUGUAUAUCUGCAAAAAAACAGAACAAAACAAACAUUAUAGCUCAAUCAUUCAAAUGAAUGCUCUAUUAUAAAGCCUUUAUGCAGGAUGUUGUGCAAAAUGUGCAUGUUUGUCUGAACAUGAGAGCCUGUGUGUGCUGAACAACAGUGAGGGUCAGGUUUGAAAGGGUUGCGUCAAUGCACGGCUCUGGCUGCGCUGAGAAGUUGAUAAAUAAGGCUUGACCUCGUGGUGGAGAGAGAGAGACAAACUGGAUUUAAAGAAGGAGGAGGGCGACCAACAAGCAACCUGAAAUACCUGCUGCCAGCAAACAGCGUCCUGUGAAAAGGGAAAAAAAACCCAGGAACCCGCUGUUAUAUCUCAAAUAAAUAAAGAGUGAUUAGUUUGACCUCGUCUGACAGAGUUGGAGAAACAAGCGGAGACGUUGCUCGACAGCUGCUGGAACAGCUUUUUCCAUUGGCCCAAAUCCCAGCUGAGCUGUGUUCAAGCAUGUUGGCACACCCACAAAACAGCACCUGUAACACACUAACAAACACACCAGACUGUAACAGAGAGGAAUGCAGCAGGAGCUCUGUUGUUUACAUAAGAGUCGGAGAGAUGAGAGGAGUGAAUUUAACUUGUAUUUGUGUCCUAAAUGGACCUUGAGUUACAUUCACAAGCAUUAUCAAAUCCCAGUUUAAGCUAAAUGUGUGGUAAAAGUGUUUCAGCGUGUCAUAACUAUUUGUAAAAGAAACACCAGAUUGAUUCUUGGAAAGAAAUGGUGUAAUAUUUUGGCCUUUUAAUAGAAAACAAUCUCGCAGUCCUAUCAGUUGCAGAGAGAAAUGGGGAGAGGUAAAGUGUGACGCAAACUUUGUACAUGAACCAAAGACGUGCACCCGCAUUCACUCAUGCACAGAAAUAGCUGGAAGAGGCAACAGCCUGCAGCUCUCCAACUUCUCCCUCCAGUGACAUUUUCAGAUCCAGUUCCUGACCACAUAUACACAUCUUCACAGCAUACAUGUGUGCACGGCAUUCCCCUUCCCUUUCUUGUGUGUGUGGUCCUCACACAGGUAUUGCAGGUCAUGAGUAUUUUUAGACAAAGUAUUAGAGUCAUCUCAAGAUGUGACAGCUGUGUGUGUGCAUGUUUCUGUUUGGCAGCAGAAUGUGUGUUGACGACAGGUUAUAUUUCUCUUUCCGUUUGCCUCCUUGUCCAUGUGUAUGUCUUUGUCUCUGUUCCUCUCAUCUUUACAGACAAGUUGAUGUUACAAAUAUCUGACCUCUCAUUUUGUCUCUUUUAUUGUCAGUGAACAGUAUGUACCUACUAUGUAUGGAAGGAGAUGUAGCAUAACUAAAGGGAAUAUUAACCCUUCAUUUCUUUGUAUUUUGUCUCAUUUUUAUUAUUUUCCUGUCCUUCCCUCUGUCUCUGUCUGUAGUCCAUCAUGGCAGGCGAUAUGAUGUUACUGAUGCGAGGCUUGGCGAAGUUGAGCCAGGCGGUUGUAGAGACUCAGAGCAGCACCCUGCGCAGUGGAACAGGAGUCCCAGGAGUUGGUGCUGCAGUCCAAAGUGUCCAAUCGGCUGCUGAGCAAGGCCUCUCUGCCGCUAUGAUGAAAAUCCAGGAGUUGUCUGGCCAACAGCAGACCUCUUCAUCAGAGUCAGAAUUUGACUUCCCUCAGGAUGACAGUGCAUUCGCAGCUUCAGAGUUCAGGGAGGAAGGUGUGGACUUUACAGUGAAUCACACAAGAAGUGGUGAUGACGCAGGAGCCCAUCACAGCGCAGCAGCAGGAGCAAGUCAUGUCAGUGGGAAACAGUCGUUGUUUGAGGGAUACAAAGAUCCCAGCAAACAGUUUAGUGGACACACCAGAUCUUACCACCAAGAUGUCAGACGUUUCAUUGGACAUCAUCAUCUCUACAACCACAGUCUGAACAGGCAUUUGUGGAGACAGCUAUACUGUCAAGAUCAGGUCAGUCAGCUCAGGAGCUACCAUCAGGACCCGUCCACAGUUGGAGGGCUGACGGCCGAAGACAUCGAGAAAGCAAGACAGAGCAAGAGGGCUGAGAUCAAACCACACAAACAGAUGUUGAGUGAGAGAGCCAGAGAGAGGAAAGUGCCAGUGACUCGGCUUGGCAGACUGGCCAACUUUGGAGGUCUAGCUGUAGGUUUGGGUAUUGGAGCACUGGCAGAAGUUGCCAAGAAGACCAUCAGACACAGUGGUGCGGCAGCAGGUGAAAAUAAAAAAGGUGUUCUGGACUCCAGCCCCUUCCUGUCCGAGGCCAAUGCUGAACGCAUCGUCAGAACUCUGUGUAAAGUCAGAGGAGCUGCAUUAAAACUGGGACAGAUGCUCAGCAUUCAAGAUGAUGCAUUCAUCAACCCUCAACUCGCCAAGAUCUUUGAUCGUGUAAGACAGAGUGCUGACUUCAUGCCAAUUAAACAAAUGACAAAAGCGUUGAACAGUGACUUGGGUCCUAACUGGAGAGACAAGCUGGAAUCUUUUGAGGAGCGUCCGUUUGCGGCAGCGUCCAUCGGCCAAGUUCACCUGGCGAAGAUGAAGGAUGGCAGGGAGGUGGCCAUGAAAAUACAGUACCCCGGUGUGGCUCAGAGUAUCAACAGUGAUGUCAACAACUUGAUGACUGUGCUGAAUAUGAGCAACGCCCUGCCUGAAGGUCUGUUUCCAGAGCACCUGAUAGAUGUGAUGAGAAGAGAGCUAGCGCUAGAGUGCGAUUAUAUUAGAGAAGCCCAGUGUGCAAAGAAAUUCAGGGAGCUAUUGAAGGACCAUCCGUUCUUCUAUGUACCAGAGGUGAUAGAGGAGCUGAGCAGUAGCCAUGUCCUAACCACAGAGCUUGUCCCUGGGUUUCCCCUGGACCAGGCUGAGAGCCUUACUCAGGAGCUGAAGAACGAGAUCUGUGAGAACAUCCUGAUAUUGUGCCUCAGAGAGCUGUUUGAGUUCAGGUACAUGCAGACAGAUCCAAACUGGUCCAACUUCCUCUAUGAUCCACAGACACACAGGGUGGCGCUGUUGGACUUUGGAGCCACAAGAGGAUUUGAUCAGAGUUUUACAGAUGUCUACAUAGAGGUAAUCCGUUCAGCUGCUGAGGGGGACAGAGAGGGAGUGCUGAAGAAAUCUAUUGAGAUGAAGUUCCUGACUGGGUAUGAGUCCAAGGCAAUGGUAAAUGCCCAUGUGGAUGCGGUGAUGAUCCUCGGUGAGGCCUUCACCUCCACAGACACUUUCGAAUUUGGCUCCCAGUCCACCACUGAGAGAAUCCACAACCUCAUCCCGGUGAUGCUCAAACACCGGCUCACCCCGCCUCCUGAAGAGACGUACUCGCUCCACCGUAAGAUGGGCGGCUCGUUCCUUAUCUGCUCCCGGCUGAAUGCAAAGCUGCAGUGUAAGGACAUGUUCCAUACAGCAUAUCAGAAGUACUGGAAAGGCCGCACACCGCCCUCUCACUCAGCCUAAGCCAAUCCCAAGUGUCAGGCAAUUUAAUGGACAGAUCCUGGGACCAAUGGCAAAGUGCAAGUCAAUGGUGAGGUCUGGGUGUGAAGAUGCAGAGCGGAGGCCAGGUUAUCCGCCCUUAACUGGUCAUCGAGCACCAGCUUAUCUUUCCCAUUUUGGGCAACCCACUAUGGAUUUUUGAAAAGCACUCAUACAUACAGCCAUCAUUAGUUUGAGAGGGAGCAGCAACAUGGCAUCUGGAGUACUUUAAGGCCAAUCUCUAUAUAUGGCCCUGAGAGGACAGACUGAGAAGAGGUGGGAGGUGGAUGGAAGGAGGGAGACAAACAGCCUUGCGUGUAGUAGUUCAGGUGUAAAAUUACUGUAAAAAGGUUGGAAUUUUAUCUCUUGUUUUCUUGUGUUUUGUAUUGCUGUGUUUUGUUGAACUUUUGGAAAAUCACACUAACUGUCCAGUUCACACUAUCUGCCAGAAAUGUUGCUUGUAUUAAGGAACAUUGAUUGUAUUAAGGAAGAGACCGAACUCUUGUUGUAAAUGUAAACCCACAGUCACAAAGUAAUGGGGUUAAUACAGUAUAUUGGCAGUAUCACAGUCGCAGUAUUGACCAGGACCAACACGUCUGGGUCACAAUUAUUUCUGUUCCUAUUGCUUUUCAAGUUUGAUUAGAUUGUCUGGAUAUGAGUAACUAGAAUUGGUGUAAAUGUAGACAGCAAAAUAAAUGUAGCAAUUUUGAUAAGAACAUUUGUUGGAGACAGAUUCAGUGUUCAAGUCAAGAUGUCACCAAGUGAUCAAGUUAAGAUUAAUUUUGACAUUUGUAUAAAAUGUUACAAAGUGGAAUUUGUCAGCAUUUACACACAAGAAGGUCUGACUUUUAACUCAUGUAUAUGUAGUGUGCUUUGUGUAUCAGUGUAGCCACCCAGAUUCCAAUUGCUGUUUAUGGCUUUUAGCUUUUUAGGGAGAAAUUCUGUGGACAGAUCAUUGAUUUAAACUUAUCAGUCUGUUUCAAGUAACCAUUGACAUGGCAUUCAGGAUCAAUGUGUGUUAAUGAACCUCGGGGUUAAAGUAUGAUUUUACUCAGUUUGUGUCUGGGGAUGAAAGUCUGUAGAGCUUCUGCAUUACAUUUUUAUCCUUAAUGUCCCAUCUGAUGAUUUGUCUUCAAACGAUGUCCAUAUCAGUCAGAUUUAGCUCAUGAAUUCCAGUUAAUUACUAACAAAAGUGUUAACAUUGUGGCUCAGAAUUUGUAGUACCAAAGCAUGAUUUUUUUUCUAUUCAACUGUUAGUAAGAGAUUGUAAAAAAAAAAAAGAAAUUUAAAAAAAAAAAUCAAAAAAGUAUAGAAAUGAAACCGUAUGGAUCCAUGUUGCUCACUGUAAGGAGAUGAGGUCUGACAGAAAGACUGAGCACAUCCCACAUCAACACUGGGCCUGUGCUCAGUCAUGUUGAUGAACGUUAAUGAACUACCGGGAUGGAAGAAGCUCAUCCCGAUAUCGCACAAGCUCGGCUCGUGGGCUCACCUUGCUUCCACGUGUCGGUAAUCUCUCCACGCACUUCUCAGGUGUGAAAUCCUCCGUCACCUGGCUGGUGUGUGUUCUCUCCACUCUGCUGUGUGAAUAUAGUUGCAACAGUCUGGUGUGAAGCUGAAAAAAUGGGGGGGGGGGGGUGAGAACGAGGUGCCUGUAGUUUCUAGUGGGAGGUUUUUAGCUAGAAAUCUCGACUUUAUAUUUCAUAUCAAGACUCAGAAAUGCAUUCUUUACUGAAAGUUGUGAUAAAGACAUUGUAUGAAAAGAUUAAAUGUUUGAUCUAUACUUGU